AUGCAUUUUAUCCUAAACUUUACCAGUAUCUUCAGUGCGGAUUCAGUGUGGGCUCCGGGAAGUACUCUUCACUCACAAGAUGUCACACACAGUACCCCAGCAGGAACUCCAGAUACUCAAUUACAAAAAAAGUCAUCAAACUUGAAGAUGGAGGGUGCACGGUGGGUGGAAAGUUCUUCAUAUAGAAGAGAAGAAUCUGUAACAGUUUCCACAUUGCCAUUUGGUUUCAAAAGAGGCCACGUGCAGGUUGACCUUGGUCCGGGGAUUGGCGGCGCUCAGGCGGUUGCUGGGACACCGCGUAAACACUGUGGAGUGGCGCUGGAGCCGUCCGCUCGGCAGCUGCUCUCUGCUUUAGCUGUGGAAAGUGGCGGUCGCGCUUCCAAAAGGAGAACUUUGAACUUUGCUGAAAGACAUCAGAAAUUGGUAGAUGAAAACUACUGCAGAAACCUGCAUAUCCAAGCGCUUAAAAAGAUAGAGAAUCAAGUCAGAGACCUAAAGGUGAAUAGUGAAAAUGACAGCCGUAUUGAGCAGAAGAGAUUCCUCAGAUUACUACAGAAUGAACAGAGUGAAUUGGAUAUGGAAGAGGCAAUUCAGAAGGCAGAAGAAAACAAAAGAUUGAGAGAACUCCAGCUUGAACAAGAAGAAAAAUUGGCUGCAGAGUUGGCGAAAAUAAAACAUGAAAGCCUAAAAGAUGAAAAGAUGAGGCAACAAGUAAGAGAAAACAGUAUUGAGCUCAGAGAAUUAGAGAGGAAAUUAAAAGCAGCUUACAUGAAUAAAGAAAGGGCAGCUCAGAUUGCUGAAAAGGAUGCCAUUAAAUAUGAACAAAUGCAGCGUGAUGCUGAAAUAGCUAGAACCAUGAUGGAAGAGCAUGAAAGAGUAAUAAAGGAGGAGAAUGCCGCAGAGGACAGACGCAACAAAGUCAAAGCACAGUACUAUGGUGACUUAGAGAAGCAAUUGGAAGAACAAGAAAGAAAGAAGCAGGAAGCUUAUGAGCAGUUGUUGAAAGAGAAACUCAUGAUUGAUGAAAUUGUUAGGAAGAUCUAUGAAGAAGAUCAAUUGGAAAGACAACAAAAGUUGGAAAAAAAGAAUGCACUGCGAAGGUAUAUAGAAGAGUUUCAGAAAGAGCGGAAUGUCUGGCGGCAAAAGAAACGUGAGGAAAUGGAAGAAGAAAACAGAAAAAUUUUAGAGUUUGCCAAUGUGCAGAAACAAAGAGAAGAAGAUCGGAUAGCAAAAAUUAGAGAAUAUGAGGAAAAAAGACUACAGCUUCAGAAUAUGCUGACUCAGAAAUUAGAAGAAAGGUUGCGGCAACAUGAAGAUUUGGAACAAGUGAGGCAAGAAUUAUACCAGGAAGAGCAAGCUGAAAUAGAUAAGAAAAAACUAAAAGAAGAAGAAGAAGAAAAACUGAGAAAACAAAAGGAGAUGAAGCAAAAUUUUGAAGAACAAAUGGCAUUGAAAGAAUUAAUCUUACAGGCUGCAAAAGAGGAAGAAGAGAGCUUUAGAAAAGCCAUGCUAGCUAAACUAGCUGAGGAUGAUCGAAUUGAAUUAAUGAAUGCUCAAAAACAAAGAAUGAAGCAAUUAGACCACAAAAAGGCUGUGGAAAAACUCCUUGAAGAACGUCGUAAACAGUUCCUCGAAGACAAACAACGUGAACUGGAAGAGUGGCAACUUCAACAAAGACGACAGGGGUGCAUUAAUACAAUUAUUGAAGAAGAAAGAAUAAAACUUCUCAAAGAACAUGCUACAAAAUUACUAGGAUAUCUUCCAAAAGGAGUAAUUAAAAAAGAGGAUGAUAUCGAUAUGCUUGGUGAAGAGUUUAGGAAAGCAUAUCAGAGAAGAAGUGACAUGUGUCCAAAGAAGUAA